CAGGUACAAAGUCUAGAAGUUUAGGUAGAAAGCGCGCAACAGUAAUUACAGGCGGAAAAGGAACAGUAGCAGGCGAGCAGGUCGGCACACGGCCACCAAAAGCACCACUAUUGCCUGCUCGUGUCAACUCGCCUGUGCCGUGAGCGGGCGGGGGUCCGCCAUUUUCGCACCGCACGCGGUCGACCAGCCAACAUUGGAUUUGCCGUUUGCGUCGUGCCCGUGCAUGCUCUGUCUCAGUCUCACUCUCACUCACCCUCACCUCUGCUCGCCUGUGAACCAAGAGGACCACGUCCACACCAUCACAUGCCCAGCAAUAGCAGCAGCAGCAGCAGCAUCGAUCCGGCUAAAUCCACCGCCGCGGAUUCAUGGGCGAAUCACGGCCUCGCCAGUGCCGGCCGGACGUGGACGUGUGAAUGACGCUAGGCGCCAAUGGUGGCGCAUCGGUUCUGCCUCCCGCGUAUAAAGCGACGACGACCAUGGCGCCUGCCUGCGUGCGUGCGUACCCGCGGGGCCUCUCGUCCCUCCUCCCUCUUUUCCAUUCUCAACGCAAAGGUGACGAGCCAGGAAGAGGUCGAUCCAGCAGCUAGGCGCCAACGACCACCCUGGACGUCCUCCCCAACGCGCGGCGUUUCCCGAGCGAGCAAGCAAGCGAGCAAGCGGCGAAACCAUCGCCACCGCUUGGCGGCUUGCUUCGCUUGAGCCGAACCUCUUUAAGUCGCGCCUUGCCGCCGUCUCUCUCUCUCUCCUCUCUCCUCGUGACGCCCUUGAUAGCGCGGUGCCGUCGCUGCGAGCGAAGGUGGGGUCGUCGUCGCUGCUGAGCGGGUGCUGGCCGAUGGGCGCCGAGGUGGAGGUCGUGGCCAGGGUGGCGCCCAGGGCGCCCGGCAGGAAGAGGACGUCCACCACGCUGCUCCACCUGCUCCAGCUCGACAACCCCGACGGCGUCUUCGUGUUCGCCGCCGCGGCGCCCAACAAGCUGCCGCCGCCGUCGCCGGAGCCCGAGGCCGAGAGCCUCAUCGACAAGAUCGCCUCCUGCUGCCGGGUCUUCACGUUCGCGGACGACGCCGACGCAAACGAGCGUGACGCCAAGCGGGAGCGGCUCGAGGAGGUGCUCGCCGCGGUGCGCUCCAGCGGCAAGAACCAGCCGCCCGGGCUGGACCACCUCGUCAUGGUCGCGCUGGUCAAGAUGCUCGCCGCCAACCUGUUCCGCACGAUGCCUCCGCCGGCUGCGUGCCCGUCGCUACUCGCCGACGCGGCUGACGAGGAGGCCCCCGCGGCGUCGCUGCUCCCGUCGUGGCCGCACCUCCAGGCGGUCUACGACGUGCUCCUCGCCGUCAUCGCCGCGGCCGACGCCAAGGCCCUCCGCAACCACGUCGACCGCCCCUUCCUCACGUCGCUCCUGGCGCUGUUCGGCUCCGAGGACCCCCGCGAGCGCGACCGGCUCAAGACCGCCUACCACCAGCUGUACGCCAAGCUGACCCCGGAGCGCGCCUUCAUGCGGCGCUCCAUGGCCGCCGCGCUCCUGGCCUCCGUCCACGAGUGCGGCGGCGGCGUGCCGGAGCUGCUGGAGAUCUGCGGCAGCAUCAUCAACGGCUUCGCGGUGCCGCUCAAGGAGGAGCACCGCGGGUUCCUGCUGCGGGUGCUGCUGCCGCUGCAUCGCGCGCGGUGGCUCCACGCCUACCACCGCCAGCUCGUCUACUGCGUGCUGCAGUUCGUGCACAAGGAGCCGGAGCUGGCCGGCGCCGUCGUCGAGGGCAUCCUCCGCCGGUGGCCCGUGACCAACUGCCAGAAGGAGGUGCUGCUCAUCGACGAGCUGGAGGAGAUCGUGGACGCCCUGGACCAGCGCCAGUUCGACGCCCUCGCCGCGCCCAUCUGCUCCCGGAUCGCGCGCUGCGCCACCAGCUGCAGCUCCCAGGUGGCGGAGCGGGCGCUGUACGUGUGGAACAACGAGCGGUUCCUGGAGAUGGCGUCGGCCGGCGGCGCCAUGGAGCGCAUCCUGCCGCCGUUCGUGGCCAGCGUGGAGGACAACCUGGAGCGGCACUGGAGCAAGUGCGUGCAGCAGGUCACGGCCAGCGUCAAGGCGCUGCUCCAGCAGGUAGCGCCCGACCUCUACGACCGCUGCGCCGCCGACCUCGCCGCGAACCGGGCCGAGGCCCACGCCCGGGCCGCCGCGCGCGACGCGCGGUGGCGGAGGCUCGAGGCGGCCGCCGACGCCAACACCGGCCGGAGGAGUAGCUAACGAGGGUGAUGCAUGUCUGUUUGGCUUGUAUAUUUGCGUGAUGACCAUGCCGGCCGGCGUGGGCCGCUCCCGCCGGCGGGCACCGCAACUAAGAAUGCAACUAAUGGCGCGGCGUCGUGGCCGGCAAAGUACCAUGUUGGUUUCAGCCACGACGCGGAAAAUAUUUGUGUGUGUGUGUGUGUGUGUGUGUUUUUCCCCAGGCGCAUAUGCCUACUGAUAUCGGACUGAGAUAACUGGAUUCGUUGAUACAAUGAAAAGUUCGUCACAUUUCUCAUUCAA